AUGGACUCAUCACACAGACCACAACAACAAUCAUCACAACCCCCGCCGGAGCCGACUGCGCUGCAGCCUCUGCAUACUCAUCUCCCGCAGUCGACAUCGUUGCCGCUUCGUACCGCCAGCAGUACGCCCGUAUCCUCCCCCGGCCUCUUCAGCCCGUCUGCCUCGCGACCCAACCUCACCAACCUUCCCUACACUUCCGUCUCCGAAUGUAAUACGCCGGCGCCAAUUGGAAGCAGCCCGUUUCUUCACCCGUUGCAGACUCAUCGAGUUAGAGAAACCCACAAAGCCCUGAUCGACUCGGAUAACAUCACUGGCCGCAAGUCAAUCAACCAGUAUGAGGUCAUUGAGGAGAUUGGUCGUGGAAUGCACGGCAAGGUUAAGCUUGCCCGGAAUCUCGAAACCUCCGAUAAUGUCGCCAUCAAAAUUAUUCCUCGAUUCUCAAAGAAACGACGACUGGGUAGAGUGACGGCCCUGUCGCCACAGGACAAGACCAAAAAGGAGAUUGCCAUUCUCAAGAAAAUCCGUCACCCCAACGUCGUCGCCUUGCUCGAAGUCAUCGACGACCCCGAACUCAAGAAGAUCUACAUGGUACUCGAGCAUGUUGAACUCGGUGAGAUCGUCUGGCGAAAGAAGGGUUUACCGCAUAUCUGCCAGUAUGAGAGACGCAGGGUCGAACGAGAAAUGGGCGGCCCUGCGCCCUCCCCCGAGGAGGAGCAAUACAAUCAACUUCUCGAACGCCGACAAGCCAUCAAGGAAUUAAAGCGGGCCAAGAUGGCCAGGACUUUCGCCGGUCCCUCUGAUUACUGGAGCGUUGAGCAUGGUGCAGCCGACGAGGGCAGCAGCGUAGGGCACUGGUCUCGCAUUUCGUCCCACGAAGACUUCGCCCUCACUGACGGGCCCUCAUCGACCUCGGGAUCGCGACGCUCAUCCGUGGCCCCCUCGAGGUCAAUGUCAAUUGCGUCAACCGGGUUGAUGCCUUCUGAACUAGCCGAGGACAUUUCGUGGGUGGACGACAUGGAGACACCCGGCCCUCUUCGCUCAGCUCCGGGUUCUACUACGGCUCUCGACGGCACUAUGCACGGAGCGCACACCGAGGAUGGUCCUCGAAGGGAAUUCCGAGAGCGAUCUCCCAGUAUGGCCGAUUCCAUCAUUUCUCACAUGUCUUCUGUUGACUAUAAUCCCUACGCACACGAUCCCUUUGCCGAAGACUAUUCCUUUGUCCCCUGCUUCACGUUUGAUCAAGCUCGGUCUACAUUCCGUGAUACAGUUUUGGGCUUGGAGUACCUCCACUACCAGGGCGUCGUUCAUCGAGACAUCAAACCAGCCAACCUCCUUUGGACCAAGGAUCACCGUGUCAAGAUUUCCGACUUUGGUGUUUCCUACUUUGGGCGGCCCAUUCGCGACGGUGAACCCGACGAUACCGUGUCCGAGUCGGAAGCUAAGGACUUUGACGACGACCUGGAACUGGCCAAGACUGUCGGCACUCCUGCCUUCUUCGCCCCUGAGCUCUGCUAUACGGAUGUUGACAGUAAACAUCAGCCCAAAGUCUCGGAGCAAAUCGAUGUCUGGUCACUUGGUGUGACGUUGUACUGUCUCAUCUUCGCUCGUAUUCCGUUCCUGGCCGAGGAUGAAUUCCAAAUGUUCCGAAAGAUUGCAACUGAAGACGUACACAUCCCCCGUCGCCGCUUAAAGCCUGUUGAUCCUUCCACUUCUCCGGCAGAGCACUCUCUUUAUAAAAGACAGAAUGCACAUCCAUACCGGGAUGACAAUGAUCUAGAGUAUGAGGACGUGGACAAUCUACUGUACGACCUCCUUCGCCAGAUGCUGACCAAGAAUCCGGAGAAGCGAAUUCGUCUCCGGGAUAUCAAGCGACACCCUUGGGUUGUCCAUGGCAUCAGCAACGUCGUGGGUUGGCUCGAUGACACUGAUCCAGCACGUCCAUCACAGGGCAGGAAGAUCCAAGUCGACGAGAAAGAAAUGUCUCACGCUGUCGUUCCUCUCACCUUUUUGGAACGAGCCCGAUCAGUCGUGAAGAAGGCGGUGGGCAGGGUCAUACAUCCGCUUGUGGAACGCAGCGACAGCAAGUCACGAAGACGAGCCACCAGCAGCGUAGCAAGCUCUGCUGGCGACAGCAUACUUAAACAUGGGGGUGCUAGCCUACAUCCCGGCUUUGAACGGCGACCAAGCCUUCGUGGCGAGGACUACUUUGGCAGCGUUGCCAAAGACGUGCUUGCAGGAUCCAGCCAGCCGACCACCACAUCUCCCUCGACUGCUACUGUUCAGACCGAUGGUGCGUAUGACCCCCUUGCCACGGUUUUGCGGCCAGUCGAAGGUGCCAAGGAUCACCGCCACCAUCAGCUAUGGACCGUUCCCGGAAACAACGAUGCCAGCAACGGCGCUUCUGACUUCUCCUCGUCAACCGCGUGCUCUCGACGAUUUCAGCGCCAUGCUGGCCACCGCAAAAUGGCGCCACAGUUUCUGCAGCUUGCCCCAGCUCUUCCUGAAACGCAGUCCACCCCAGUCACGCCCCAUGUAGAUGUGCAUCCACAGCUCCCGCGGGAUGGCAGUCGGAGGUCCCGUGCUCUUGAAUCCCAAAGCGAAGACAGCUCCCGAUCUGCGUCGGCUGAGCGGGGCGUCUUCAUGAGUACAGAUAAGCAUACCAACGGGUCUUGUUCUGUUUCGACCGCCACAGCAGCUGGAACCAUGCAUCGCCAUCCCGGUCCCAUUAGAUCUCUAGACUUGGGAAGAGGCACUAGAGGGGGAUACAACACCCCUUCCCCGUUGUCUUCGUCACCGCAAGCAAGCUCUGCUACGUACCAACACGGCCAGCCUCGCUCCGAUUCAAACCUCCAAAACCGAUUAGGAUUUGGCGCCAAUGCUCAGCAAACUGCUGCAGCACAAGGCCACGGGGCCAAGGCCUCACCUUCCCUGAUUGAGCAGAGCAGCAUUAUAUCUUUGAGCCCUGAAACAAUCCAAGCUGUCGAGCCUCUCUGCGAGUCUCAAGUAUUGUCUCCCCAGAAAGUCGAGCCCACCAAUGUCCCUUAUCCGCCAUCACCAGGUCCGCAAGGUUGGACGCAGCACCCGACAGCGCCGUCGAGAGAUGACACCAUGACCACGACCAAGUCAUCUAGCCUGGAAUCAAUGGAUGGCAUGGGAACGCCUCUCACAAGUCCAAGCGAGACGACUAGCCCUAUGCAUACGGAUCCCCCCAAGACCGCCUCUGGACGAUUUCUAGUGUUUCAGUCGGAUCCGUCACUCCCCGCUCUGCUAAGUGGUGCCAGUUCCGUCUCUGCCGACAUGGAAGCUGAACUCUCGGCUAGGUCUGGCACUGGUGGACAGACGUCUCGAUAUGAAGGAUCCUCCGAAGCGAUCACGCCACCUGCACUUGUCAAGGAACCAGCUAGUGGAUUUCCCAUGACUCCAAUGUUUGAGCAUAGCCAGAGCUUGGGUGGCGACUCCACGCUACACCUGCAGCUUGAUCAUGACGGAACACACACUCCUGACGACAUGGACUCUCGGACGCCUCGUGUCGACGAGGACGACGAUAGUGAUGACGGAAUUUUCCUCAUGGCAAAGUCCAAGAAGAAGGCAUCGCCAACCAGUGCGUCACACUCCCCUCGGCCGUUUGAGGCUAAAAGACGCGACACUGGCGCGAGCACGGCUAGCGACGAGACAGCCAAGAAGGUGUCCGUCUAUGGCGAAGAUUCCAUGCGUCUUCGAGACUCAUGA